UGAUUUUAAAAUGGCAGAGAGCAAAGAGGAUCUAUUGUACCUUGCUAAGCUAGCUGAGCAGGCUGAACGUUAUGAUGAAAUGGUUGAAUACGCCACAGCAUUUUCAAGGAAAGAAUCUAACCAAUUGUCCCUCGAAGAACGUAAUAUUCUCUCAGUUGCUUACAAAAAUGUGGUUGGUAGCAGAAGAGCAGCCUGGAGAGUCCUCAACUCUAUUGAGCAGAAGGAAAGCAAGAAGGAGAAAGGAAAGGAAAAUGUCGAAAAGGUCAGACAGUACAAAUCUCAGAUUGAAGACGAACUUCUCGAGCUUUGCAGAGAUAUCCUCAAUUUGUUAGAUGGGCACCUUCUUCCAAACACUUCUGAUUCAGAAGCAAGAGUUUUCUAUUUCAAGAUGCAAGGAGAUUACCAUAGAUACAUUUCUGAGUUUGCUAAGGCAUCUGAAAAGGAUUCUGCCGCUCAGGAAGCUAAGAAGAGUUAUGAGGAAGCUCAUAAAAUUGCUGAAAGAGAUUUAGAAGCCACCCAUCCUAUCAGGCUUGGACUUGCAUUGAAUUUCUCUGUCUUCUACUAUGAAAUUCUUCAGGAGAGACAGAAGGCUUGCGAUAUGGCCAAGGAUGCCUUUGAUUAUGCUAUUAGCGGCCUUGAUAAUGUGAGUGAUGAAUAUUACAAAGACAGUACACUGAUUAUGCAGCUUCUGAGAGACAACCUCACUCUUUGGACUUCUGAUAUGCCUGAUGAGGGAGAUGGUGAUAAUUAA